GUGAGCCCCUUGCAGGCACUGCCGAUCGACGUGCAGCUGAACAUCAUGUCCUUCCUCUCACCCCAAGAUUUGUGCCAUUUGGGAAGUACCAGUUGUUAUUGGAGGGCGGCUGUGCGAGAUCCGUUGUUGUGGAGAUAUUUUCUCCUGAGGGAUCUCCCCUUUUGGACAUCCAUUGAUUGGAAAUCACUCCCAGAUGUGGAGGUUUUUAAUAAAGCCUUUUCAGAGGUCAGCGAUAAUGAGCUGUACGAUUACAUGGCAGUAUAUAAAAAAAGCUGUCCUCAGAGUAGAAGUUUGAAAUCAAGCCAUCCCCGUUAUGGGGCUGUGACUUCUUUUUUGCAAUCAUUGGUCACUCAGGCAGAACCUCGCUUUGCUAUGUUUGGGCCAGGUUUGGAAGAGCUGGACGACUCUUUAGUGCAAAAGAUGAUGACAAGCCCAGAAAUUCUGCUAGUAGCUGGCCUACCUCAAAGGCAAAUUCAUGGAAUUGGAUCAGGAAUCAGUUUUCAGUUUAAUAACAAUCAAAAAUUCAAUAUUCUGACGUUGUAUUCAACCACCAGUGUGGAAAGGAAGAGAGCAAGGGCAGAGCAAGCUGCUGCUGUGAAUAAGAUGUUCUACCAAGAGAACAGCAUAGUAGGGAAUCAGCAAGCCGUGCACUACGGUGUAAUAGCUCAAGUGAGAAAGGUGUGCGAAGUAGUUGAUGGAUUCAUUUAUGUUGCUAAUGCAGAAGCUCAUAAAAAGCAUGAUCGUCAAGAGGAACUGGCUCGUAUUUUGGCAAUGAUUGAUCCAGCCCUUGGACCUCCUAACAGACCUUUGCUAAUUUUGUCUUGUGUCUCCCACGUUGGUGUGAAAAGAAUUCCAUGUGUUUACAUGGCACAUCAGUUGCAACUAAAUCUUCUGCGUCAGCCCUGGAUGGUGCAAGACACUGUAGCUGCAACUUUAGCUGGAUUGCUAAGUGGAAUUGAGUGGCUCCUGGAAGAAGCAAAUUGUAAACAUGCACAGUAA